AUGCCGCCGCGCACCUGGGGAAGCUGCAGGGAAGAAGACUAUGUUUCCCAGGUGGCCCUCAGAGCCUCAGGACCUGAACCAGGUCUCACCUUGGGGAGCUGCAGGGAAGAAGACUAUGUUUCCCAGGUGGCCCUCAGAGCCUCAGGACCUGAACCAGGUCUCACCUUGGGGAGCUGCAGGGGAGAAGACUACGUUUCCCAGGUGGCCCUCAGAGCCUCAGGACCUGAACCAGGUGACACAGAUGACACAGUGACCCAGGUGACACAGGUGACCCAGGUGACACAGGUGACCCCCGGCCUGCUGCUCAUGCACUGCGAGUCCAUGGGCCCGACGGAGGCCUUCACGGCGGGCCAGGUCCUCAUGCUCCUGUCGCUGCUGGCGGGGCUCGGCGGGAACGCCUCCUUCGUCUACGCCUUGAGGAACGCACACUUCGGGAUGAGGAGCUCCCCGAUCCGCUCCGCCUUCGUCGCCGCCGGCGCUCUGUGCCUGCUGGCCGCCGCUCACGCCUCUCCUGUGGAACCUGAGACCAUCGGGUUCCCCCCCAGGUUCAAGAUGCCCCCGGCUCCGGAUUCUCAACACGUGGGGUGGGGCAUCUUUGUGGGGCUGGUGGGGACCGUCCUCAUGGUCGCCUCCGGCGUCGUCUUCUGUACGUACAGGUCACCGGCGGGGUCACGGCACCCGGACUCGUCACCACCAGGGGGGGCCGGGAAGGACAACCCGGCCUUUGAGUCUCAGGAACACUUGUGA